UAUAAAAUUAUUGGAGUAAUUUGCUUUUUUGUCUUAAAAUUUAAAAACGAUGAUUACUGAAACUUUCUUAACUAUUCACUACCAGUUUGUUGACGUUUCACGAAAAAUGUACAUGGCAGGCACGUUAUGGAAAUGGACAAAUUAUUUUAGCGGAUGGCAAGAAAGGUGGUUUGUGUUAGAUAAUGGAAUCCUUUCAUAUUACAAGUCACAAGAUGAUGUUAAUUCUGGGUGUAAAGGGUCGGUCAAGAUGUCCGUCUGUGAUAUAUCAGUACAUGCAUCGGACAAUACUCGACUAGACUUGAUAAUACCUGGAGAACAACAUUUCUAUGUAAAGGCAUCAAAUGCCCAAGACAGACAGGAAUGGUUGGUGGCCCUUGGAAGUGCAAAGGCAACUAAAGGCAAAUUUAGUGAUGAUCCAGAAACUAUAACACAUGAUUUAUUAAAAACCAAGAGGUCUGAAUUACGUCUGUAUUGUGAUCUACUGGUUCAACAAAUUCACUCGGUGAAAAUGGUGGCAACACAGAAAGAGAGUAUUGAUGAAGAGAAAUUGGACCAAGCAGCAUCUUUGUUAAGUCCGACAUGUGACACAUUUAUACGUACGAUGGAAGAAUGCAUGCAGCUCAUACAAGCGUCUUUACCGUACGAGGGCUCUCGUUCUCCUAACACCCCGAUCACCGAUGCUGCGCUCCCACCAUCCCCUUUAAAACUACCAAAUAAAAAGAACAGACACCUUCAUAGACAGAAUUCCAAUGAAAGAACAUCAGUUCAUAGUCAUUCAAGAUCGCCAUCAGUAUCAAGUGUUGAUGCAACUCCGGUAUCGAGACAAAGUUCACGAAAUCGGACAUCAUCUGAUACCUCUCUUUCUGAUGUAACCGGCGUUAAAAUUCACAGUCCAGUGGACAGUAUACCAAAUAGUGCAUUAUAUAGUCAGACUGGUAGAGUUAAUCAUAGCUCAGACAGUGAGGGAAAAGUGCAAUCUAAUUUGACUGGUUUAAGAACUUCUGGUCAAAAACUUCACAAUAUAAGUGAGAAUGGUGCAAUGAUUUCUGGUGCAAAUUUGAACAACAGUGCAGUAACCAGUCCAGCUGGUCUAAAAUUAGAACAGACUGGUACAGUAUCUGUGAGAACAAAUUCAGAGACUGGUUAUUAUUCAAAUGAUGAAGUUUCAAGUGAAGGUGAUGUGUUUUUGGAUCCUGUAGAACCAAGAGUGUCCACAUUUUUCUCGGUUAUGGGAACAAGUUUUAUGGAUCUAAAGAUUGCCGAGGAUGCAGGUAUACCAGUGGAACCUUUCCUUGACUCUUGUAAAAACCUUUUACCUAUAUUCGAUAAAUUGAAUUCCACCGCAUUUGCUCCAGUUAAAAUGGAUUUCCAGGGGAACAUAAGGAAAGUGCGAACAAAGUUUUCCGUACAUCCAGAAGAGUUUACUACGUUACAAAGCAUAAUACAACAUGAGAUUAGUAAAAACCAGCAACAUUUGGCCUCGUCAGCUACCAUGGCCUUACUCUGGAUGAAAAGAAGUUUGGAGUUUAUUUCUGGGUUUCUGGACGAGAUCAAGAAAGGGGAGGAGGAUCUGGGCGCGGCUGCCUCAAAGGCAUAUGCUGACUCCCUCAAACCUUUUCAUGGAUGGGUGGUUAGGGGAGUAUUUGCAGUAGCAGUAAAAGCUUUACCAUACCGUAGUACAUUCCUGUCAUUGUUAAAUCCCAACGAUACAGACGUUGACGAGCAAUGUUAUAUCACCAGUCUGAUGACAGAUAUUGACACAUUCUGUAGUGCGUCAAGCGUCGUAAUUAAGAUUCUUGAUGAUUUCUUCACUGCGAAUAAUAUAAAAAUUGAUGAACAAGUUUAAGAUAUGUAUAUUAUGUGUUAUAUGUAUGUAUUUAAAUAUAGGAUCUUACAUUAGCUGUCACUUCUUAGCUGGUCUGUUUCGAAGAAAAAGUCGAGCUUUUAU